AGAGCCUGGGGCGUGUCACAGCCGAAGGGGCAGGGCGGCAGCAGCCGGCGUCUAGGUAACUUCAGCGCCUGCGCAGAGGCUCCCCAGCGUCGCCCUAGGCUGGGCCUCUAGUGGGUCUUCGGCUCAGUUUUCGCUGCAGCGCCCGCGUAGGUCGCUUCGGCCGAGUUCUACGCCCGGCUCGACUAUGAGCCGGUGCGCCCAGGCGGCGGCAGUGGCGGACACAGUGCCAGGUGCCGGCGUCGGGAACGUGGGGCUGCGGCCGCCCAUGGUGCCCCGUCAGGCGUCCUUCUUCCCGCCGCCGGUGCCGAACCCCUUCGUGCAGCAGACGCAGAUCGGCUCCGCGAGGCGGGUCCAGAUUUUCCUUCUUGGGAUUAUCCUGCUUCCAAUUCGUGUCUUAUUGGUUGCGUUAAUUUUAUUACUUGCAUGGCCAUUUGCUGCAAUUUCAACAGUAUGCUGUCCUGAAAAGCUGACCCACCCAGUAACUGGUUGGAGGAGGAAAAUUACUCAAACAGCUUUGAAAUUUCUGGCUCGUGCUAUGUUCUUUUCAAUGGGAUUUAUAGUUGCUGUAAAAGGAAAGAUUGCAAGUCCUUUGGAAGCACCAGUUUUUGUUGCUGCCCCUCAUUCGACAUUCUUUGAUGGAAUUGCCUGUGUUGUAGCUGGGUUACCUUCUAUAGUAUCUCGAAAUGAGAAUGCACAAGUCCCACUGAUUGGCAGACUGUUACGGGCUGUGCAACCAGUUUUGGUGUCCCGUGUAGAUCCGGAUUCCCGAAAAAACACAAUAAAUGAAAUAAUAAAGCGAACAACAUCAGGAGGAGAAUGGCCCCAGAUACUAGUUUUCCCAGAAGGUACCUGUACUAAUCGUUCCUGUUUGAUUACUUUUAAACCAGGAGCCUUCAUUCCAGGAGUUCCAGUGCAGCCAGUCCUCCUCAGAUACCCAAACAAGCUGGAUACUGUGACCUGGACAUGGCAAGGAUAUACAUUCAUUCAGCUUUGUAUGCUUACUUUCUGCCAGCUCUUCACAAAGGUAGAAAUUGAGUUUAUGCCAGUUCAAGUACCAAAUGAUGAAGAAAAAAAUGAUCCUGUCCUUUUUGCCAAUAAAGUCCGGAAUUUAAUGGCAGAAGCUCUGGGAAUACCAGUAACAGAUCAUACCUAUGAAGAUUGCAGAUUGAUGAUUUCAGCAGGACAGCUAACAUUGCCUAUGGAAGCUGGGCUGGUGGAAUUUACUAAAAUUAGCCGGAAAUUGAAAUUAGAUUGGGAUGGUGUUCGUAAGCAUUUGGAUGAAUAUGCAUCUAUUGCGAGUUCCUCAAAAGGAGGAAGAAUUGGAAUUGAAGAAUUCGCCACGUAUUUAAAGUUGCCUGUUUCAGAUGUCUUGAGACAACUUUUUGCACUCUUUGACAGGAACCAUGAUGGCAGUAUCGACUUCCGAGAGUAUGUGAUUGGCCUGGCUGUCUUGUGCAACCCUUCCAACACAGAGGAGAUCAUCCAGGUGGCAUUUAAGCUCUUCGAUGUUGAUGAGGAUGGCUACAUAACAGAGGAAGAGUUCUCCACCAUUCUACAGGCUUCCCUUGGAGUGCCUGACCUUGAUGUUUCUGGUCUCUUCAAGGAAAUAGCCCAAGGGGACUCAGUUUCCUAUGAGGAAUUUAAAAGUUUUGCCUUAAAGCAUCCAGAAUAUGCUAAGAUAUUUACAACAUACCUAGACCUCCAGACGUGCCAUGUGUUUUCAUUACCAAAAGAAGUCCAGACAACCCCCUCCACUGCCAGUAAUAAAGUCAGCCCUGAAAAGCAUGAAGAGAGUACCUCAGACAAAAAAGAUGACUGAAAGCAGUAUUUCCAAUAAGGAAAACACAGUAGCUUUUGCUUGAAAUUGUAAAGGCACUUAUUGAUAAUACUUUUAAUGUGUUGGUAAUGAUGUUUAAAAUUGAAAAUUUUUAAAAUAAGAAUGAUAGAUUUUCUUACUAAAAAUGUUUUUAUUAACCUGGCUUUUAUUGGAAAAAAUCAAGCAAUAUUUCUUUUUCUUUUGUGUUAUAUUGUACUUUACUGAUUCGUUUACUGGUGAUACAUACGUUUUUAUGGAUUUUCCAGUUUAAUUUGCAUAUACAAAUGAAUGCAAUGGUCUUACUAUUGGUGAGCAUUGAGCAGCACCGUAUAAAGUUUUAAAAAUAUAAACACUUUUUAAUCUACUUUCCUCUAAAAAUCAGUAAUAGAAUUUCUAAUCCUUUUCCAUUUGGGAAAUAAGAAUGAAGAAUCUGAGAAUUUUACAUCUAUAACUUUACAGAUUCAUUUUUCCAUUUAAGUUUCAGUUUCUUGGAUCACUGAAUAUGGGAAGGGAGAGCUUCAUUAAUUAGACACAGCUUCUUAAGAACUUAUAUUCUCUUUAACAUACAUCUCUAUUGUAGUUUUUUUUUUUUCUUUUGUUUUUUGAGAUGGAGUCUUGCUCUGUCACCCAGGCUGGAGUGCAGUGGUGCGAUCUCGGCUCACUGCAACCUCUGCCUCCUGGGUUCAAGUGAUUCUUGUACCUCAGACUCCCGAGUAGCUGGGAUUACAGGUGCCCACCACCACACCUGACUAAUUUUUGUAUUUUUCGUAGCCAUGUGUUUUUGCCAUGUUGGCCAGGCUGGUUUCGAACUCCUGACCUCAGGUGAUCCACCCGCCUCAGCCUCCCAAAGUGCUGGGAUCACAGACAUGAGCCACUGUGCCCAGCCUAUUGUAGAUUUUCUUAACUACUUGCUAAGGAAAUCAUAUCCUUUUACAUGAACUACAGGUUUAGAACUUGGUUUUAAGACAACUGCUAUGGCCAGAGGGUAAAUGGGAAUUGCCUUAUUGAAGGUAACAUUGAUUGCCUAAUGAGAAAAUGAAUUGUUUGCCACAGAGUUGAAUUUAAUUUGAGUUAGCUAGUUCAGAAUGUAGCACUUGCCCUAUAAAUGAAUCACAUUUGUUCUAUUUAUAUAAUAUUAGAAUUAAUGUAUUAUCAUGUAAGUGGGAAUUUUAUUUUGUUGAGUGGACUCUCAAAUUUUAGAACUUGUGUGAAAUAUCUCCCAGAAAACACAAAAGGUUUCAAGGUAUCACCCAAAGCUAGGGAAUCAAAAAACCUACUUUAUUAAUGCAAGACCACAAUUUAAGCCCCAGGCAGGAAUCCAACAGUAACAUUUUUCCUUUAGGUUAAGCAAUAAUUUUUUUGAAUUGUCAUUUUUAAUGGGUCUCAUACAUGCAUAUUGCUAAUAUCAUUCAUGUUUGAGAUUUUCAACAAAGAACCAAUUUAUUAAUAUAAUGUACAAAAAUAGUUGGUUCAUUUUCUGAAUUCAGUCUUUGAAAUAAAACUCCUUGUUUUGGCUGUGUUUCUGAAUGUAUUGGUGAUUCGCCCCCAAGCUAAUUUUUUAAAGUCAUUUUUGAAGUUGGGAAGUCUCAUGAGAGAUGUUGAAGUAUGUAUUUAAUCAAGAGUCAUGAUUUCAAACUAGUUUUACAUAUUAAGCAGUUAGUGUUCUAAUUUAAUGGGUAAAUGUGUGUUUGGAUAAUACCUGAAAAUUUUAUCCUUAAGUAUAUGUAAUUAUUUGCCUCUUAUAUGUCUUAAAGCUAUUUAAACAAGGUGUUAAAUGAGCCAAAACUAUUGCUUAAGUAAUUAGAACAGUACAUUUUUAUCAGAGUGUCUGUCAUAUGCAAUGAAUGUAUGUAAUACUAAAAAAUCAUGACUACUUUUAUCAAAGAAAAACCACACAUUAAUCCUAUUAAUCAUGAAAGCAUAGCAUUGUAAAUUAAAGGUUUUCUUUGAGGCUCUUGAAAGUGAUCCCAUUGCUUUCCUGCUUUAAAAUAAUAUUUUAUGCUCUUUAUUUCCACUUCUGUGAAUGUGAUAUUUCUAUUUUGUGAUUAUGUUACUGAAUAAACAAACUUGCUACAUAAAAUUCUUAGCAAUUAAAAAAUUCUGGUUCUGCCA